AUGCAAUACUCACUCGCUCUUCUCGGGGCCUUGGCCUCUGCUGGCUUCGCCAAUGCUGCUGUCUUCCCUCGCGCCAGCUGCACCUUUACCGAUGCCGCCUCUGCCAUCAAGGGCAAGACUAGCUGCACCAGCAUCAUCCUCAAGGAUAUUGCUGUUCCCGCCGGUACUACACUUGACAUGACUGGACUCAAGUCUGGCACUCACGUCACCUUCCAGGGAAAGACCACCUUUGGCUACAAGGAGUGGAGCGGACCUCUUAUCUCCUUUUCCGGAAGCAACAUCGCCAUUGACGGUGCCUCGGGCCACUCCAUUGAUUGCGACGGCUCGCGAUGGUGGGACGGCAAGGGCGGCAACGGUGGAAAGACCAAGCCCAAGUUCUUCUACGCUCAUUCCUUGAAGGAAUCCCAGAUUUCCAAGCUAAACGUCCUCAACACUCCUGUCCAGGCGUUCAGCAUCAACACCGUGACCAACUUGGGUGUUUACGAUGUUACCCUCGAUAACUCCCUGGGCGACACGAAGGGUGGCCACAACACCGAUGCCUUCGACGUCGGCUCCUCCACCGGCGUCUAUAUCUCUGGAGCUAUUGUCAAGAACCAGGAUGACUGCCUCGCUAUCAACUCUGGUACUAACAUCACUUUCACUGGUGGUCAAUGCAGCGGUGGCCACGGCCUUUCCAUCGGCUCUGUCGGCGGUCGUUCCGACAACACUGUCAAGACUGUCCGUAUCCUCAACUCAAAGAUCUCCAACUCUGACAACGGUGUUCGCAUCAAGACCGUGUAUGGUGCCACUGGAUCCGUCUCCGACAUCAAGUACGACGGCAUCACUCUUUCCAACAUUGCCAAGUACGGUAUUGUUAUCGAGCAGGACUACGAGAACGGCAGCCCUACCGGCACCCCUACAUCCGGCGUCCCCAUCACCGAUGUGACUAUCAACAAGGUCACCGGCACCGUCAAGUCCUCCGGCACCAACGUAUACAUCCUCUGCGCGUCUUGCAAGAACUGGACCUGGACUGGUAACAGCGUCACUGGCGGCAAGACCUCCACCAAGUGCAAGGGCGUCCCCAGCGGCGCGUCCUGCUAA